CGGACCACCCCCAGACUUUUCUUCCUGUUCAUGCAGGAGACUAUUUAAUUGAGACCUGAUUUGUCCAGCUUACUCGCUGAUGCUCAGCAGUACCUACCUAACCAGCAGGAGUGAUUUUUUCUGGACAAACUCCCCAGCAUGAAGAUGCUGCUGCUCCUGGCUGCCGCGCUCUCCGUUGCCCGGCCAGCCAGCGCAGCCCCUCCAACUUGCUACUCCAGGGUGCUGGCUCUGAGCAGGGAAAUCACAGCGUCCUUCAAGGAGCUGCAGACCUCCAACACUGUGGACUCGUGCGUGGAGACGCUGCCCAGGCUGUACUUGGACAUACACAACUACUGUGUGCUGGCAAAACUCCGUGACUUUGUGGCCUACCCUGGAUGUGACAGAGUGGCUGAAGUGAAUGAGCUGAAGGAAAAAGCCCGGAGCCUGUACACCAUCUUGAUCUCCUACUGCAGAAGGGACCUGGUGUUCCUUACUGAUGACUGUAAUGCUCUGGAAAUUCCUAUUUCACCUCCCAUUGAACACUCCAUCACUGAGAGCUAAAAGACAGUUAACCCAAAAGUUAUAUCUGGGAAAGUUUCAAGGAGACAAAAAGUCAAAACAUGUAUAUGCAGUCUAUAACAUUAACAACUAAGAUAUUUUUCAAGCACACUAGCAAUAUAAUAUCAGACCUACCCAUUUUUCUCUGCCUUGGCAGGAAAUGAAUUGCAUGCCUUGCAUACCUACUGAGCUGCUAGGGAACCUACCAUUAGGGAGCAGUUUUUCGUUUGGCAAGGUACGAUAUUUCAGCUUAGCCAAAUGUAUAAAGUAUGUUUUGUUUAAACAUCAGAAACUAGAUUUUUUUUUUCUUUUUAGUCUUUCAUGAAUAUAUAUAUUCUCAUAUAUAUAUUCUCUCUUGACUUAGCUGUUUUUCUUGUAUUAGAUAGGCAUGGAAGGGAUCAUAUUUGUUUUUCUUAAAAUGUUUGAUAGAAGAAGAGUAAUGCUGUACUGACAGAUUUCUCUGGCUGUACAGCUCACAUAUAUAUAUAUAUAUAUAUAUAUAUAUAUAUCUUGAUAGUUUUUGAUGUCAGAUUUGUGAGAAGAGAGGUGAAAGAAACAUGUCUCUGUGGAAAACUAAAUAAAAACAAUCUUCUAAUCCAA